AUGAGUGGGGCAGCGGCUAAUACAAUCUACACCUAUUUUGUAAAGAAUUAUAAGAAAGCCGAUGAGGAAAAGAAGGCGGUGAUUUCGGGGAAGCGCGAUAGAAUGGCCGAGAUGAUUGUAGAUAUGAUUAAUGAAGACCCUAUAAUAUGUGUGAAACUUAUUGUGGCUUUCAUUAUCGGCUUCAUAUUAUGCCCGCGGACAUGUAAGACAUGUCCCUUGUGGGCGUUUAGAUAUGCGGAGCAGUUAUCAACUUUGCAUAAAUAUAAUUGGUGCCAUGCGGUGUUCACUUUUCUUUGCAAAGAUAUGAGUAAAUCAAAGAAGUCUCUUAGUAUGCGGGAAUUAGGUCAGCGCUCAAAUGGCGGGUACAUGGGUGGUUUUUCCUCCGUUUUACUGGUUUGGUUUUAUGAAAAAGUGGGGGAAUUAGAGUAUACUUCAGAUGUUGAAAGAGAUGUUUCUCAAAAAGAUGAAGGUGGUAAUGAUAAUAACAGAGAAACGCCAUCUAUCAAACGGGCUGUCGGAAAGAGGAAGAGGAAGGAUGGACCCUCUGUUACUUCACCUUAUAUGCCUCUAGAUCAACCAAAGGAAGGCACAAAGAAGAGACGUGUCAUCCAGAUAUUGGAUAGUCCUGAUGGGAAAAAAAAGUACAAAAAUGAAGAAGGCUUCAUACCUACAUCUAGAGACUAUCCAGGUAAGGCACUGGCGUUUGAUUAUGAGAACAAAUUAAUUGAAGACUUUCUACAAUCGAGAAUGAACAGUGAUACGUACAUUUGGAAGUGUGCCGAAGCAAGCGUAUCUCGCUUAGAUGCUUAUAUACUAUUAACGGGAGGUGAACUCAGUGACGAUGUGAUCGAUGCAUUUGUUAUUCGGCUUUGUAACAAGAUUGAAGAAACAACUAAUAGUUAUGAUCGAAAGAUACAUGUCAUAAGACCUUGGCUUGCACAAGCAUUUCUAGAAGGAAAUCUUGAAAUGGUGGCAAAACGAAUGAAGGAAAAUGUUUCUCAGCAGAAGUUCUUGGAGUGUGAAAGAAUUCUGAUCCCGAUUGUCAGCUCCGGACAUUGGCACCUGGUAGAGUUAGUGAGAGAGGAGACAAAAUUCUAUCACUACUCCUCAAUCAACUCCCCCAUUUAUACCGCCGAUGCUGUGAAAUUUAUAAAUAAGUUUAUGAGUUUCAUUGAGAGUAAUUGGGGAUUGGGGAAAUUGGAGCAUCAUGGUCUUGUGUCAGUUGCCGUGCCACAACAAGGACCAACGUUAGAUUGCGGGAUCUUUAUGAUUGAAUUCAUUAACAGCAUUGUCGAAAAACGGUCGAUAACAAUUUCAAAAGGAGAUUGUGCAAAAUAUAGAGCAAGGUUUUGUGCUGCUCUUUUGUAUGCACGCGAUUCACCUUUUUUGUAAAUAUUAUUUUAAUUUUCUCCAAGGUUUUUGUUGUGUAUUCAAUGUUGUAAGUAUGUUCAUGUUGUUAAUA